UUCCUCUUCCUUCUUGUCCUUGCAGGUCGCUUUCACCAACUGUGGCUUCACACGUCACAAGCUUCAAGAAUGAUUCAUCUUGAGAAACUUCGCCAUGAUGAUCCGAUCCAAAGCAACACCAUCGGGGAUUUUGGAAAAUCUUUCUAAACCCCACAAUUCUCACAUUUUUCUUCAACGCUACCUUCCCCAUCAUCGACAUUUCCUGAUCUGGCUUCUCUCCACUGACGGAAAUCUCCCUACCAUCUUCACUGAUUGGAAACAGGGGAAUACCGGGAAGAAGACAGGGAAGAAACAGGGUGGGGACAAUCGCUUACUUCAAUGGACGUUGACUGUUUGUUGGUGGUCCGAAUGAAAUCGCCGGCAACCCAGCGGUUCCCGUCAUGUCGUCGUCUCUGAGAAUGGUUUUCGUGAAUUGAGCUGGCGGCAACAAAUUCGAAUCGAAGACUUUGAUUAUAUCGAGCACGCAAAGAUCUUGUGAGAAACUGAUUUUUAGUCGUAUGAGAGCUUUUAUUUCAGGGACGAAUUCAUCUUUUUUACAACGUUUUUCCACGCAGAGCCUUUUUCCCCCCAUCGUGAUUUGAGGGAUUUUAGGCUUCCAGAGGAAAGUGCAGAGUAACUUUCCUGGAACAACCAAACAAGCCACGUCCCUUUUCUUCAUCCUAUUUUCCUUAAACCAAACGGAUCCUUAGAGUCUUCAAUGUCACACAUUAGUGCUGCAGGUCCUUACACUCGUUCGACCUCCCCCGUGAAUUAUCAUGUUUUCUUGAGUUUUAGGGGAACAGAUACUCGCACGAACUUUACUGAUCAUUUGAAUUCUGCGUUGGUGCGGUAAGGAAUUGUCACUUUUAGAGAUGAUGAACUUAGAAGAGGAGGAGUUAUUUCAGAGGAACUCCUCCAAGCUAUAGAGCAAUCUAUGUUUUCCAUUGUUGUCCUCUCUCAAAAUUGUGCUUCUUCUUCAUGGUGUUUGGAGGAAUUGGAGAAGAUCAUGGCAUCCAGACAAGACCUCGGCCAAAUAGUUGUCCCAGUUUUUUAUGGUGUAGACCCAUCUAUUAUUCGACACCAAGAAAAUCUGGUUGCAACAGCUUUUGAGAAGCAUGAAGUAAGAUUUUCAUAUUAUAAAGUGCGAAGAUGGAGGGAAGCUUUGACCAAGGUUGCCAAAUGCCUAGUUAUCUGGUUGGUAUACAAGAAAUAAACAUGAAGCAGAAAUUGUUGAAGACAUCGCUAAAUUUGUAUGGAACAAAUUAUGCGAGGUAAUCCCAUCAAAAUUUGAACAUUUAGUUGGGGACAUUCAAUCGAUGGUAGAGAGGAUAGUCUCCCUUUUGAAAAUAGGAUUGGAUGAAGUAUGCUUCAUGGGGAUAUGGGCGUUGGGUGGCAUAGGCAAGACAACUCUUGCUCAAGUUGUUUAUGAGGCAAUACGAAGCAAGUUUGAUGCUGCUUGUUUUCUUGCUGAUGUAAGGGAAGUUUCAGAAAAGGAAGGCUUAGUUUUCUUACAAAAGCUACUCCUUUAUUAUGCUUUGGAAUGUCUGCCAUUAAUUGAUCAAUUAUAUGAACUUGAAAGCCUUCAACUGUGUUGUAGCAAAAUCAGAAAACUGUGGAAUGGGACACCGUUUUUAGGCAAGUUGAGGAUCAUUGAUUUAAGUGGUUCUGAAGAUCUAAGUGAAACUCCAGAUUUUAGUGGAACUCCAAACCUUGAAAAGAUGCUUCUUAAUAAUUGCCAUAGCGGGUUCGGGUUCAUGAAUCUGUUGGGCAGUUGAAGAAGCUGGUUGAGUUGAGGUUGGCGAAGUGUGGAAAUCUUGUAACUCUUCCAAGUUAUUUGGAAAUGAAUAAUCUAGAGCAGUUUAUUCUUGGAGGAUGCUUAAAGCUUGAGAUGCUCCCUGAGUUUGGUAAAAAUAUGACAAGUCUAUUUUUCCUUGAUGUGGCAGAAACUUCAAUCACCGAAGUUCCAUCCUCCAUUAUUCAUUUAAUAAAUCUCAAAUAUUUAGACUUGAGUUCUUGCAGGAGAUUGAAGUCAAUUGCAGAGCUUCCUCCAAAUUUAAUGAUUUAUGCAGGCAAUUGUCUCUCGUUGAUACCUGCAUUCGCGCUGCAGGAUCUCUAUGUAUCACAUGCAUCUAAGGUCCUUGAUCAUCAUCUCCUCCAUUUCCUAUACUAUUU